AUGUUUUUGCAGAGAAAUCUCUUGAAGAGGAGCUUCGAAUCGAAGGAGAGGUUUGGAUGGCUAGUAUGUCGUCGAUUCUCUUCGGUUUCGGCUCCGAAGCUCCCUCCUUUCGACUACGAACCAAAACCCUACAAAGGGCUUCUGGGAGAUGAGAUCCUGCAGAAACGGAAGAAAUUCCUCGGUCCGUCGCUGUUUUAUUACUACCAGAAGCCUCUCAAUAUUGUGGAAGGCAAGAUGCAGUAUUUGUUUGAUGAGAAUGGAAAGCGUUAUCUCGAUGCUUUUGCAGGUAUUGUCACAGUAUCUUGUGGGCAUUGUCAUCCAGAUGUUGUUAACGCUGUCAUGGAGCAAACGAAACUUCUCCAGCACACUACAACUAUAUACUUACACCAUGCGAUUGCCGAAUUCGCAGAAGCCCUAGCGUCAAAAAUGCCGGGUAACCUAAAGGUUGUAUACUUUGUCAAUUCUGGGACUGAAGCUAAUGAAUUAGCCAUGCUGAUGGCUCGACUAUAUAGUGGAAAUCUUGGCAUGAUUGCCCUAAGAAAUGCAUAUCAUGGUGGUAGUGCGGGAACAAUUGGAUUAACUGCACUAAAUACUUGGAAGUAUGCAAUACCACAGGGGGAAAUUCAUCACGUUGUAAAUCCAGAUCCAUAUCGUGGGGUAUUUGGCUCUGAUGCUGCCCGUUAUGCCAAAGAUGUACAAGAUCAUAUUGACUACGGCAGUCCUGGAAAAGUAGCAGGCUUCAUUGCAGAAACCAUUCAGGGAGUCGGAGGAGCAGUUGAAUUGGCCCCUGGAUACCUGAAACUAGUGUAUGAUAUUGUACGGAAGGCUGGCGGUGUCUGCAUUGCUGAUGAAGUUCAGAGUGGAUUUGGUCGAACUGGAAGCCAUUACUGGGGAUUUGAAACGCAAGGUGUCAUUCCUGAUAUAGUCACGAUGGCAAAGGGUAUCGGAAAUGGAUUACCAUUAGGAGCAGUUGUAACAACGCCAGAAAUAGCACAAGUAAUGGCCCAAAAAAUUCAGUUUAACACUUUUGGCGGGAAUCCUGUAUGCUCUUCCGGUGGCCUUGCAGUGCUUAAUGUCAUUGACAAGGAGAAGCGUCAGAUGCAUUGUGCUGAUGUCGGCUCCCACUUAAUCGAGAGACUGAGAGGUCUUCAGCAAAAACAUGAAAUCAUAGGAGAUGUGAGGGGCAGGGGAUUAAUGGUGGGGAUAGAACUCGUGACAGAUAGGAAAGAGAAGACGCCUGCUAAGGCUGAAACUGCAGUUUUAUUUGAGAAACUGAAAGAUCUGGGAGUAUUAGUUGGCAAAGGAGGCCUGCAUGGAAAUGUUUUCAGAAUAAAACCACCUAUGUGUUUCACCAAAGACGAUGCCGAUUUCCUUGUAGACGCGUUGGACUAUGCCAUCUCAGGGAUGUGAUGAUCAGCCUACUGGGAGUAAUGGGACUAGUUCUUCAGAUUUGUGGGCACAGAAUCCAACAGAGGAGAAUGGAUCGUUGGAAAUAAAAUACAUCUGUUCACAUCUCAACCACAGUGCUUUCACCAGUAACAUGAUAAAUCCGGCCAUGCCUUGUUUUCCCCCAAGAAGUAAAAAAGAAAGUAGAUGUGGUUUAGGAUGGUGUGAACAGGUGAAAUGAAUGAUGGGCCUGCUUGCUGAGGAUACGGUUUCAAGCAUAAAUGCCAUGCUUGACCAUGUUUUGUGAU